AUGCCGUCUGCCACAGCGUCUGGGGUAGACAAUGGCGGCUCUGCGAAAUCCCGCGAGCACAGUCAAGGAAAUCAAGACCGCAAAUAUACCCCGGAUCAAAAGGCAGCCGUACUACGGAUACGGAAAUGCUCGUCGACUGCAUACUAUGAGAUUUUGUCUCUGGAAAAGACAGCCACGGAUGGCGAGAUCAAGAAGGCGUAUCGCAAGUUGAGUCUGUUGACACAUCCCGAUAAGAACGGGUAUGAGGGGGCCGACGAAGCAUUUAAGAUGGUAUCGCGCGCUUUCCAGGUCCUAUCGGACUCAGACAAGAAGGCUAGGUAUGAUAAAUUUGGAGGAGAUCCGGACAGCAGGUUCGGCCCCAGCUCUGGGCCUUCGGGUGCCUCUCCUUUCAGUGGAUUUGGCGGCGGCUUCCCACGUUCAGCGAACCCCGGUGGUACGAUGUACGAGGAGGAGAUAUCGCCGGAGGAGUUAUUCAAUCGCUUCUUCGGUGGCGGUUUUGGUGGUGGUCCUCAGUUUGUAUUCAACAUGGGGGGUGGGCCCGGAUUUAGGGUCCAUCAAUUCGGCGGUGCUCGGCCUCGCAGGAGGCCGCGCGAAGCGAACAGUCAGCCCGAGCCAGCGCCUUCAUUCCGGGCAGUUAUUCAGCAAUUCUUGCCUCUCAUCCUUCUUUUCGUCUUCCCUCUGCUUUCUUCUCUUUUCUCCGGCUCCUCCACGCCCGCAGGCCCCUCCUACAGAUUUGAUGCAGCAGUACCCCCUCACACGAUGCAACGGACAACGCCGAAACUCCACGUCAACUAUUUUGUUAACCCGGGCGAUGUAGAAGACUUCGGCGCGCGGAAGUUCCGCCAGUUAGACCAACGGGUUGAGGUGGAGUACGUCAGCAAGCUCCGGUAUGCGUGUGAGAGUGAAGUCCACGCCCGGGACCGUAUGAUUCAGGACGCCCAGGGCUGGUUCUUCCCCGACGUAGAGAAGAUGAAGGCGGCAAGAUCCAUGGAGCUUAAGAGCUGCCGGCAGUUAGACUCGUUGAAAGGAAGAUACUAA